AUGCUUGAGUGGCCUCAGCGUUUUCGCAUCAUCCAUGGUAUGGCUCGUGGUAUCCUAUACCUACAUCAAGAUUCCAGACUUCAAAUCAUCCACAGAGAUCUCAAGGCAAGUAAUAUCCUGUUGGAUGCUGAAAUGAACCCAAAAAUAUCUGACUUUGGUCUUGCUAGAAAGUUUGUAGGGUCCGACACCGCCGCUAUGACAAAGAAAGUGGUAGGAACAUAUGGUUACAUUUCUCCAGAGUAUGCAGUACAUGGACGAUUUUCUGUAAAGUCUGAUGUAUUUAGCUUUGGUGUUCUAGUGAUGGAAAUAGUGAGUGGUAAGAAAAACAGAGGAUUCUUUCAUGAAGAUCACAGUGACAACCUUCUCGAAUUCGCAUGGAGACUCUUCCAAGAAGGCAGGCCCGUUGAGCUAAUGAGUACAUCUUUACACGACUCGUGUAUUGUCUCAGAGGUGUUACGGUCAAUACAUGUAGCACUGUUAUGUGUGCAGAAUUAUGCAAAAGAUAGGCCAACUAUGUUGUCAGUGGUUUUGAUGCUAGUGAGCGAUGGUGUGUUGCCUCAACCUAAACCCCCUGCUUUUUAUACUGGAGAGAGCAGUAGCCAGGUUGAGAAGACCGUUUCAUCGGUUAAUGAGAACAUGAUAACACUAGUUUAUGCUCGUUAGGAAACAAAGCAAAAG